CGAGGAACUGGGAAAUUUACCACAGGUCCACAACCCAUUAGUGCAAUUUGCUCCCUCGUUUUCACCGAUUUCGUUCCCUCCUUCGCAGCCACCGCCGUCGCUCCCAUUCCCGUCAGUUCUAGUCAACUAAACCAAUCCUCUCUGUCUAAAUCCUCCUAAAAAUUUACCCAACCCAGAAUCCCAGAUCGAGCGAGGAUGAAUUUAGCCGGCAAGUGAUCGGAGGAGAUGGGCUGGUAACUGAAAAGUCAGAUAUACAUAGAGGGGCAAUCAAGUGCAACCUAAUAAAAAAUUCAGUGAAAUAAUAUCUGUGACGAAAAGCUCGUUUAUUAGGAGAUCCAGAACGAAGCUAGAAAGUCUCGAUGGAAGAUAAACCAGGGAAUGUUUGUAUUGAACAGGAGAGAUUUCAACUUCGAAGGCUUGAGAUUUCCGAUAACAAAAAGGGUUUUAUUGAAUUACUACAACAACUGACUGCCUGUGAAUCUGUAUCUGACAAGGACUUUGAAGAACGAUAUCAAGAGCUUGCUAAACUUGGUGAUGAACAUGUGAUAUGUGUAAUUGAAGAUCGACAUAGUGGGAAGAUUGUUGCUAGUGGAAGUGUUUUUAUUGAAAGGAAGUUUAUAAGAAACUGUGGCAAAGUUGGCCACAUUGAGGAUGUUGUUGUUGAUUCCUCAAUCAGAGGAAUGCAAUUAGGGAAGAAAAUUGUUGGGUUCCUCACUGACCAUGCUCGCUCAAUGGGUUGCUAUAAAGUGAUCCUCGACUGCAGCUUGGAGAACAAACCUUUUUAUGAGAAGUGUGGGUAUAAACAAAAAGAGGUUCAGAUGGUAAAGUACUUUAUCUGAAUGCAUCUUUUUUUUUUAAAAAAAUAAAUUUUGGGGUCCCAAUUGUGCUAGCUGAUUCAAAACUAACACACUAUUACAAGUUCUUUUUUAUCAACUUAUUGCAGAUUAUACAGUUUGCUUUUUUUCUUUUAGAG